GUGAGAGCAACAUGUGUUUUCACUUGCAGAGCCUUUUUUUUCCACUAGAGAGGAAACCGAAGGGGCAGAUCCUGAGUGAGUCAUCACUGGUGCCCGCCGACAGACUGCUUCCACAGACUCAAAGUUGCUCGCAAAAAAGAGGGACUUCUCUCUCCUCAAAACAUUGAUAAAGUUGAUUUUAUGUUUUGGACUUUUCCUCAGAUGUUAUUGCACUGGAUGCUGAAAAUGGAUUACAAAGGCUGAUUCACAUGUUCUGCCUCAGGACACUGCUAGAGCCCUGACAUCGCUGUAAACCAACUCACAGCUCUUCAUUAUUAUUCUCAGUAAAGUCCCGACAUCCCAACAUGGCUGCAUAUGCCCUCGUCACAGAGAACUUUAAAUUUGCGUCCCUCUUCUUUAAGAGUAAAGAUGUGAUGAUCUUCAACGGUCUGAUCGCUCUGGGCACUGUGGCCAGCCAGACUGCAUACAAUGUUUUUGCCUUUGAGUGUCCGUGUUCCUCUGGGAGGAACUACCUCUACGGCCUGGCUGCCAUCGGUGUUCCAGCGCUGGCGUUUUUCCUCGUCGGAGUAAUGAUGAACAAGAACACCUGGGACCUGGUCUCUGAGUGUCGGCUCAGAAGGUGCCGGAAGCUGUCCAUCGCCGCGGCCUUCGCGCUACUGGGAACAGUCUUCGGUCGAGCUGUGGUGGCUCCGAUAACGUGGUCGGUCAUCUCUUUGCUGCAGGGCCAGGCGUACACGUGUGCAUUCAGUGAGUUUGUUAACUCCAGCACGCUACCGGGCUUCCCCCCGGAUCAGGGGUCAGAGGUAAUGGCGAAAUUCCCGUGUCCAGGAGGUGUUCCGACAGAGCUGCAAGUCUUCUGGCCUGAAAUUGAGCGACGAAUGAAAUACGAGUCUCAGCUGAUAGGCUGGCUGGUGGUGGCAGGAUUGUCUCUGAUGGUGUUCCUGAUGCUGUGUAUAAAGCGCUGCACCUCUCCACUUGGCUACCGGCAGGAGGAGUACUGGGACGACUACCGCCACAACGAAAAGACCCUCUUCCAACGCACGGCAGCUGUCCACGCCCGCAUCCUGGCCGCGGAGAAUGUUAAGACAUUCUUUGGCUUCGUGGCGCUAGAGAAGGAAGAGAAGGAGCAGCUGGCCGAGCAAGAGAGCGUGAGACCUAUCUGCAGCACUAACUGGAACAGAGUGACCGGCGUCUACCUCUACAGGGAGAAUAAUGGACUGCCUCUGUACAGCAGACUCAACAAAUGGUCCACGUACAGCCUGGAGAAUAACGAGGAGGCCAUGGAGAAAGAGAUGGACGUGCUGAUCAGCUGACAGUAUUCUUCUGGAAGGUGGUCCAGUGACCAUAAAGGUGUCAGUGUGCUUCAAUCACAGUCCAACCGCCUCCCUCCACUCCUUCCCUAUUUCAGAACUUUCUCAGACAAUUAGUUGCCUAAUGUUCUGAAACAGACAAUCUGACAAUCACGCACACUAUUUCUUUACCUUUAGGCGUAUUUGGACGAUACUUCAUAAGACCCAGUUUGUUUGAAACAUACUUUAGUUACAGCCCAGUCGCCAGAAUCUGCAAACCACAGACACGUUGAAUGUCGACGUUUUUGCAUUCGGGCAGAGCAAGUGACCCAGUACAACGAGCAACGCGCACAAAGUGAAGUACUGAGCGACCGUUAUUGAAAGUUAAUGUGGCUUAUUAUUGUUGAAUGCUCGAUUCUGAUUGGUCAAUCACGACGUUCUACGGUCUGUUAUUUCUUUAUAGCAGACCGUUGCUAUGGACGCAGUUCUGAUGUCGGACUCUGGAAGACCGUUUCUGUGUCAAAUUAUUGAUUUAUUAAGUAAGUAGCCAUGUGAUAAGCGGGAUAAUGUCCAGCUAGCGGGUCAUUGUUGUGAAAGAAACCCCUUCAGGGCGGCGGCGACGCGCAUUGAGUUCAGUCUUAUGCAUGCCAAGGGUAGAGUACGAGCAGGGAGGCAUCUGAUUGGUUCUUUCCAAGCGGACCGAAAGGCAGUGAUUGGUAGACGUUUUUACAGGAUUACAGCAGCUAUAGAUGACGGAUCUUUUCC